AGUCUCCGCCUUGGCAUUUCACGCUAACCAGAAACCAUUUUCCCGCUCACGAGAAUUUCUGACUAGCGAAUCCCCCAAAACCGCAAAACCCUAGAUAGGAAGUAGACCAAGAACAGCGGAGUUUGAAUCGAUUUUUCCGAUGGGGGCUUCGAAGGACGACGUCGACCGCCUCUUUGCUUGCUUCAAAUGCGGCAUCUCCCCUCCCCAGUCAGCGUUCAGGGAGAGACCCAGUCGGCAGGGCAAGAAGUUACGGGUGGCGUCUGCGGCGGAGAGCGAUGGCGGCGGGAGCUCCUCUUCUGCUCCCACACGGGAUGCUGGGGAAAAGCAUACAGAGCCAUACUCGGCGGCAAUGAAAUUUAGAAGCAGGAAGCAGAUGUCUCCAAUUGUGUUUUAUGGUUCUCCACAAGGUGUUCCAGUGAAAAAGCCGAGGAGUCUCUUGAGGCUGCUACGUGAAAUUCGCAUUGAUCUCAACAAGCAAACCGAUUUGAUCUCCAGGGAUGUUGUUUGGGCUACAUUUCCUAGGCAAGAGGAGGCAAUAAGAUUCUCGAAGGAACAUGCACACACCAAUGUCUUCAGCUACCAAGAUCAUUUGAGUGGGCAAAGAAGAUUCCUUGUAUCCACGUACAAUGAGUUCUGGAGAAGGUACAAUAAUAUGGAUCCUCAAAUUCGUCAUCACUAUGAAGUUAUCCUGGAGGGUUCACCUUGCCACAUUUACUUUGAUCUUGAGUUCAAUGCAAAAUUGAACAAGAAGAGAGAUGCAGAUGAAAUGGUGGAUAUACUGGUUGCUGCCACAUUCAGUGCCUUGCAUGACAAAUAUUCCAUCGAAGGACAAGAAGAAUGGAUCAUAGAAUUAGACUCAUCUAAUGAAGAAAAGUUUUCACGCCAUUUGAUCAUCCGUAUACCAAAGACAGCAUUCAAGGACAACUCCCAUGUUGGUGCAUUUAUCUCUGAGAUCUGUUCGCGGAUUGCAGCUCAGCGUGCAGCCAAUCCCAACCUUGAUAAACUGUAUAUUAGAAAAGAUAGCAGCUGUGCAGAAUCUGUUGAUCAGCUCUUUAUGGACACCGCUGUAUACUCUCGGAAUCGUUGUUUCCGUUUAGCCUUCUCAUCAAAGUCUGGGAAAAAGUCAUUUCUUGUGGCUACUGGACGUUUCAAAUGUCAGAACAUGAAUAACAAGGAGCUCUUUAUGGAGUCACUUAUUUGCAGGUUAGAUGAUGACUGUGAUAAACUUUUGAUCUGCAAACUUGAUUUGGAUUGCAAAAAGGCAUUGCAUUUUGACUCUGAAGCCAGCAUAACACGAAUUGAACGAAGAACCUGCAAGGAUGCCAUUGGUACAUACCGAAGUGAUUUUCCUCAUGCAUAUACUUAUGGGAGAUCUCCUUUUCCAGCUCUGGAUGGCUUUAUUGAAUCUAUAGCUUCAUUCGGAAAUGUCUCAGGAAAAAUUCGAUCCUGGUACUGGUUUUCAGAAUAUGGUUUAAUGAUUUAUAGCAUGUCAAAGAGUAGAUACUGUGAACAUAUUGGAAGAGAGCAUAAGAGCAAUCAUGUUAUGUACAUUGUUGAUUUCCAAAGAGCUGCAUAUUAUCAGAAGUGUUACGACCCUGAUUGUCGAGAUUAUCGUUCUCCAUUGCGGGCUGUACCCUUGGAUGUCAUUCCUGAGCUCAGCUCCAUAGCUGAUUCGGCCCAGAGAGAAUAUCAGGGAAAAGUUGUAGAAGUCAAUAUUGAAGGCAGUAGCAGGAAUGAGUUUCUGUCUGAUGGUAAUUCCGUUGUGGAGAACGGCGAGGAGGAUCCUAGUUGGUGGGAAGAAGCAGUGAUUUAUGCUGACAGUGUUGAGAAUGCCGAUCAUGCUCCAGGCCUUUGUAACUUGGAGGAUGACUGUGACGACGCUGACUGGUGGAUGGAUGCGGAAAGAUUUAUGGUGCAGAUGGAGAGCGAGAGUCAAAUAGAAUCACAGAGCAAUGCAUAGCUAACGUUCCUCAGCCACUGUUACUCUACACGUUCAUGCUACAUGUAACUCUGUAGCUGCCCAGCCGCAACACUGCAUAGGUUUCGUAAAUAUUGAUGCGGUUUUGUAAUAAACCCUAGCCACUAACAUGAAGAGUAAAUUACAAAAAACCAUCACAUUAGUGGCUAAGGUUUCACGUAGAUACCGGUUCACGUUUUGGUGACAAAACCACCAGAUUUCAUUAACCACCGACGGUUAAACACGUUUUUAA